UCUCUGUAACUAAACUUCCAUCUUGUAGCUGCUGGAAAACCGAAAACUGCAGUGGCCGCUCUGUCAUCAAAUUCCACUGUCUUACUCAAACCUGAGACACACAAUCUUUCACCGUUGCUUUGGGUAAUCAAACCUUGGCCUCUGGGGAAGUCGGUGUCGACAAUAGACGUACACCCUCCGUGCACGCUUGCAAGUUCUCUUGUUAUAGCCUCCCUAGAACAACAGAUAGAUGGCGACGGAGAUAGAGUGCUGUGGGACGCGAUUCGCGCUGUACGUGUUGAUAGUGAUAGGGUUGGUGUGCUUUGCCGGACUGAUGGCUGGUCUUACUCUCGGUCUCAUGUCUUUGGGCCUCGUCGACCUUGAGGUUCUCAUGAAGUCUGGUCGUCCUCAGGAUCGUGCCCAUGCUGCUAAAAUUUUCCCAGUGGUAAAAAACCAGCAUCUUUUGCUUUGCACGCUUUUGAUUGGCAACUCUUUAGCAAUGGAGGCUCUUCCUAUCUUCUUAGAUGCUCUUGUACCUCCAUGGGCGGCAAUCUUGUUAUCAGUCACGCUCAUCCUAAUGUUUGGGGAGAUAAUGCCACAAGCUGUCUGUACUCGUUAUGGCUUGACAGUUGGAGCAACAAUGGCACCCUUUGUUCAUGUUCUUCUUCUAUUAUUCUACCCCAUUUCUUAUCCAAUCAGCAAGGUUCUUGAUUGGAUGCUCGGCAAGGGACAUGCUGCCCUUUUAAGGAGGGCAGAGCUCAAGACUUUUGUAAACUUUCAUGGGAAUGAGGCUGGCAAAGGAGGAGAUUUAACGCAUGAUGAGACAACAAUCAUAACUGGUGCUCUUGAGUUGACUGAAAAGACUGCAAAAGAUGCCAUGACUCCCAUAUCAAAGGCAUUCUCCCUCGAUCUGGAUGCAACUCUAACUUUGGAGACACUGAAUGCAAUAAUGACCAUGGGUCAUAGUAGAGUUCCAGUUUAUGCAGGAGAUCCAACAAAUAUUAUUGGACUUGUUCUGGUUAAAAAUCUUCUAAUGGUUUAUUCAAAAGAUGCAGUUCCUCUAAGAAAAAUGAUUAUUAGAAAAAUUCCUCGUGUUGCUGACAACAUGCCUCUAUAUGACAUACUGAACGAAUUUCAGAAGGGUCACAGCCAUAUAGCCGUUGUGUAUAAGGACCUGAAUGCUAAAAAAGAAGUUCCUAAAGAGAGUAAAGAUGGGGAACAACUUGAAUUUAAAGACAGCUGCAAGAACAAGGGGAAAAAUGCAUUGUUGGAGAAAGGUGCCAAAUUGGAGAUGACUGACAGUUCUGAUGGAGGUCCACAGGUGAAGAAAAGCCCGCCAGCAACUCCUUCCUUUAAGAAGCGACAUAAAGGUUGUUCAUAUUGCAUCUUGGAUGUGGAGAAUGCUCCCCUGCCAACAUUUCCAGCCAAUGAAGUGGUUGUUGGUGUAAUUACAAUGGAGGAUGUCAUUGAAGAACUUCUCCAGGAGGAAAUAUUAGAUGAAACUGAUGAAUAUGUUAAUAUUCAUAACAAGAUAAAAGUGAACAUGCAGGCUUCCAAGGAGAAGGCCCCUGAUGCAAACAUAAUGCAGCCUUCUGUAAAGGGAUCAUCAUUGUUAUCAACUUCAAGCUCUGUCGGUAUCACUGCCGAUUCUCUCAACCCUCCUUUAGCAGUUUCAGGCUCACCUCAUUGAGCCAGUACAGGACCCGCUUGCAUGAGAAUGAAAUGUGAAAUAGGGUUGGGUUAAUAAGGCAGAGCAGGAGAUUGUUACUUGUGAAUGAUAUAUAGUGAAUCAUGUUAGGUUAUACAAAAAGGAAUCGUAGAAGAUGUAUUUUGGUGGUGUAUGUUAUAAAUUGAAAAAAUAAUGUAUGUGUGGCAGAUCCUGCAAGGGAGUUUGGUGUUCA